CGAGGAGGAGCCGAGAGGAGCCGAACGCUCCCGAGCCGGGAUCCUCUCGCGUCUCGGCUCUCCUCCUCCUCCUGGCCGAAAGUGCCCGAGCGCUGUCGGACAGGCUAAUCGGGCCUCGGCGACGGUUCGGAAUCAAGUCCCGAAACGCGGCGCCGUCGGGACCCUUCGGGAGCAGAAGCGAAAAUGGCCGAAGGGAUUCCGUUCGAGUCCCGCGCCGAGAGGCUGCCGGGAUCGCGGCGGACUCGGCGGGCGGGGCGGGCAGGAGCGGGGCGGGGCGGGGCCCGGGGACAAGAUGGCGUCUCCGCGGCGAGCAUAUUUUCCCUGAGGCCCACCAUCUCAGUCUGUAACAAUGGGCAGCCGGCAGAUCUGAAGUUCUGCAGCACACUGUCAAGAGAAGGGUCAGAAGAGAGGAAACUCCUGAUUAGCGGGAAGUCCACCCAAAUGGCCACAGGGAGAGCUUCCAACACGGUGCUCUCGUCGCUCCCGCUGCAGAUGCUGCUCUGCCUGAGUGGAACGUACUAUGCCCUGUAUUUCCUAGCUACGCUCCUGCUGCUCGUGUAUAAAAGUCAGGUUUUCACUUAUCCUCACAGUUACCUGGUCCUCGACCUGACUCUGCUCUUUCUGAUGGGGAUUCUGGAAGCAAUUCGGUUAUACUUCGGUGCCACGGGCAACCUGAUGGAGGCUGAGGUGCCGCUGGCCGCCAGCCUGGUCCUCACCAUGGGUGGCGCCCUGCUGUCUGCCUACUUCCUGCUCUGGCAGACCCUGGUGCUGCGAGCAGACACAGCCCUCGGCGCUCCACUCCUGGUGCUCCACAGCCUGGAGGCCAUCCUGGAGGUGGUGGCCAUCGCUGCCUUCCUCAGCUAGGCGAGCAGUGCCAGGCCCUUGGGACAGCCCUGGACUCCUCAGGGCAGACGGUGCCCCGGCUCUCACCUUGAGCGGGAAGGGCAUCUUCGUGCUCACCAGCCACAGUGUUAGACUGUGUUUGCGGCAGGGUGUCUGCGACGCAGAGGUGGGGCUGAGCACCAGGGCAGAACAGAGUGCUGCGGCAGGGCCGGGCGGCCCUGGGCAGGCUCGGGGGGCAGGGUGGGGAUGGAAACUGAGAGGGUUCCGGUUCUGGCUAGUGACCCCUGGGGUGCGGGGGGAUUGAGACCCUUCAGAAAGCAGGCGGCCAGGUCAGAGCCUCCUGGGGUCCAAGGCGCCUCACCCCAGGCAGGGGCUGGAGCUCUGUGCUCCCCCUGCAGCUUCAGGGCAGCUCGGGGGUCCUAGGCUCUGCCUCCCACAGGAGGUACUUGCUGGCUGCCUAAUCCCCCUUUGCCUGGGGCUUCUCAGGAAAGGUAAUCCGGAUGCCGAAGACCCGGGGAGCUGGCAGCAGCGUUCUCUGGGGAUUUGUGUCAUUCACAGAUCUUCUGUGAGUGCUCCCAGGGAAACCUGAGCUGGUGUUUUCUAGUGACCUUCCUGCAUUUAUAUCAGUUGCACAUUUUCUCUGUUUAGAAUAACACUGUGCUUGAAUAUCUAGAUAUUUUCUCUGCAUUGUAUCUUUAAAAUAAAGGAAUGUUUGUACCUCUC